AUGAAGUACCAAAGUCUUAUUUCUGUUGCCUUGUAUUUUGGCACCAUGGCCAUGGCAGCACCAAAAGCCCACUUUCAUAAAAAAAGAGAUGCUGCAGUCACUACAUUAUCAACACUUGAAGAUGUGGUCACCGACGAUGUCAACGUUACAGUGUACAUUGAUGAUGAUGGAGAAACUACUACUGAUUUACCAGCUACAACCCCAACCACUACAGUUAGUCCAGUGGCCACUGCAGUUCAAGACGAUGUUGUAGCCGGCACCUCUGCGGCUAACACUGCUGCUAACACUGCUGCUGUUGCCACAUCUGCCCAAGCUUCAGAAACCUCCACUUCUACCUCUUCUUCUUCUUCUUCUUCUUACUCUUCCUCUUCUUCUUCCAUUGAUGGUGAUUUGAAAUCCUUUGCAAGUCCUGGUAAAUUCGUCGACGGUACCUUGUCUUGUGACUCGGUGCCUGUUGGUAAUGGGGUAAUUUCCAUCGACUGGUUGCAAUAUAAUGGGUGGGCCUCCAUCUUGAACUUGGGUGGUUAUGCCUCAACUACUUGUGUCGAAGGUUACUAUUGCUCCUACGCUUGCCAAGCAGGGAUGUCGAAGACACAAUGGCCAUCCGAUCAACCAUCGAGUGGGGUGUCUAUUGGUGGAUUGGUUUGCAAAAAUGGGUACUUAUACAGAACCAACACCGAUACUGACUACUUGUGUGAAUGGGGGAAAGAAACUGCCAAUGCUGUUUCUAAAGUCGACGAAGUUAUUUCCUUAUGUAGAACCGAUUACCCAGGUUCAGAAAAUAUGUGUAUUCCAACCAGAUUGACCGCAGGAUCCACUAAACCAAUUUCUGUGGUUGACUCAUCGACAUAUUAUAAAUGGGAAGGCCAAUCUACUUCUUCUCAAUAUUACGUUAACAAUGCUGGCAUUGACGUUGAGGAAGGGUGUAUCUGGGGGACUUCCGCCGGAACGGUUGGUAACUGGGCCCCAGUUAACUUGGGUGCUGGCUAUACUAACGGGGUUACUUACUUGUCAAUUAUUCCAAAUCCAAACAAUAAAACCCCACCAAACUAUUCUCUUAAGAUCGAAGCCACUAGUGGUUCCACACAGAGUGGGAGCUGUGUCUACGAAAACGGUAAAUAUAAUGGCGAUGGAAGUGAUGGUUGUACAGUGGGUGUCACUAAAGGAUCAUCUAACUUCGUUUUCUACUAA